UAUUAAUGGUGUUGCCACAGCGCACUGUGGGAGGAGUAGGGGAAAACUGGUGAUAUCGGUUAAUUCAAUUUUUUGUUUUAGAUUGAAAUAUUCAAUAAAAACUUUCUAUUGUUCCAACUGGAAAUAUUCUCGGAAACUUCGCCAACAACACAAGGUAUCGAUAAAACAGCUGAUCUAGUUUUUGGAGUUCUAAAAAAAAAAAAAAAAAAAAGAUUUAGACAGAUUCAAAUAGAUGUCACGAGUUUUCCCUUACUGGUCCCACCGUGCGCCAGUUGUAAAUCCUUAAAUGAUCACAUGUCUAUAUGACGAGUGAUACCAUUGGCGUGCAGUCUUUAUUUAGCUUUGUUUUGAAAGAAGUAACGACGACCGAAUAGAAGGAAUAGUCUUUUUUUUCCCUUCCGGUCCUGAGAGAGACGCUGUUUACCGCAGGAGGUGGAGGUGGCUGGCGAGGGUCCAGGGUGGGGCAGCUAUAACCCCGAGGAGCCGCCAAGGGAGGACAGUCUCUAAGUGACCGCGAUACAAGAUGCCCGUCGGAGGACUCCUCAACGAUAUGAUCCACAAAUUCGACCAACAGGCGAGUAAGCACCUGGAAGCACAAAGCCUCAACCCUUUCUCGGGCAAGUUCAGCAGGUCCCCGUCGCCGAGACCUUCCGACGAAGAUUACGGAAAACCUCUUGCUGGUUCGAAAACAGAAGAGAGGGGUUUGAGGGCCAAAUCGCACAUCAACAGAGAGAUUUUAGAACUGUGUGAGACGAUCUACGAUCUCGGAACAUACAAUAAGGAACUUAAGAAGCGGAGGAAAGAUGAUGAAGGUUCGGAUGAUGAAGACGGAGAGAAUGAAGAUGAUGGAACGAUCAUCGUAACCUUUGGGGAACUGUUCGAGAUGUACACCCGAAUAAAUGACAAAGUUGUUGGCCUUUUGAUUGCAGCGAAGAAAAAAGGAUUUGUCUAUUUCGAGAAAGAAAUUCUUUUCCAGCGAAGGGAUGACGAUGUUCUGAUCGCCCUUAUUAAGCCAAUCAGCGAAAUCAGGGCAAUAAUGAAGGAGUCUCUUUCCCCAGCACCCAGCCUAGACCGUGGAGAACAAACACUGAGUUAGAUAUAAUAUUUUUUUUAUAUAACUGUCGGCAUCACCAUGAUUUAGUUAUAGUUUUAAAAUUGUACAACAGGGUAUAUGUAAUUCAAAUUGUAAAUAUACGUACUUUUCAUUUUUUUUUUUUCUUUACGAGUACAGUUGAACUACACGUAUUCGUAUAAAAAUUAAUUUCUUCAGUAUUAAUAUAUUAAAUUUUAAAAUAAACUCUGCGACUUAACGCAAUAACAAUCAAUACCAAGCUAUUAUUAUCAUAAUAUUAUUUAUUAUAUGUUUAUAUAAUAUUGUGAUUAUACUUAUAUUCCAUUGAGUUUUAAUCACUUCAUAAUAAAAGUGAGAAACUUUGAUAUUCAUUGUUUCUGCUUUAAGUCACAGAAAUAUUUUUAAUAGUAUUAAAAGUGAACUCAAACCUUAUCAUAAAAUUUGAACUUAAACUUAUUUUUAUUUACAUUACGAAUUUUUAUUUUAAAAAAUAUUAAAUUUAUUUAUAAAACUAUAUGAGAGUAGAUUUGGUAGCAAUUAAGCUUUUAUUACGCUUUAAACUAUAUUUUUAGUAAAGUUGAAGGGAAAAAUUAUUAUUGCGACGAAACAUUUUUUUUUAAUAUUAAGUUUAUUAUUAUCAUUGGGAUAAUUUAUGUUAUAAAUUGAGAAAAAAAAAGUGUAUCUGUAUCAAAUGGGUAGUGUUGGAAAUUAUGUAUUUACAAAUAAUAGGACUUGUAUAUAAGACAAUUUAUGUUCAAAAAAAAAUAUUUUAAAUUUGUUUUGAAAAUAAAAUUAUUUAAAAAUA